AUGGAGGUGGCCGGACAUGUGACCUACACUAUAAGCAGCCACCAGGGGGCGAUCCAGGUGUUUUGGCUUCAUGUUCAGGGAGCUGUCAUGGAGUUCCUCAGGGGCGUGAGCGUGGCCGUGGGGGAGUUCGACCGCACGGUGGACGAUGAAGAGGAGCAGGUCCUGGGGGUGAAGAGCGUCUCCCUGCACGAGAAGUUCCAUCAUGCCUUGCCCAUGAGCCACGACGUAGCUCUGGUGGAGUUGGAUCAGCACAUCCGGCUCGGGGUCCGAGUCCAGCCGAUCUGUUUACCUUUACCUGAUGAGAACGUCCCCCCCCGGACCAGGUGCAUUGUGGGUGGAUGGGGCAGGACAAAGGAAAGAGGUCGACUUCCUGCGGUUCUGAGAGAGGUCCAGUUGGACUUGGUGGAUCCGGCCAAGUGUCAGUACGUCCUGCAGACGCUCCGAGGGCCGGUCCGACCUCGGUCCGCCAUGACGGUAGUGUGUGCCGGGCCGGAGAGAGGAGGGAGAGACGCCUGUCAGGGCGACUCCGGGGGCCCUCUGGUUUGUCCUGCAGGGCCGGGCGGGGGUCACAGGGUGGCGCUGGGCGUGACUUCCUGGGGUAAAGGAUGUGGGCGGAGCUGGGGCAACAACAGCAUCCGCCCCCCGUCCAGAAGAGGCUCACCGGGGGUCUUCACCGACGUGCGGCUGCUGCUGCCCUGGAUCAAACGUGAGCUGCGACACGCUGACGAGCAGCAGCAGAGAAAGACUUUAUCAGGACUCUGCAGUGUGAGCGAUGGGCCUGUGAUUGACAGCGAGGGCGUCAUCAGAAACCCCGCCCUCCCUGGUGAUGGCUAUGACAACAACGAGUUGUGUGUGUGGAGGAUCACUGCCCCCCCGGGUCACUCCCUCCUGUUGGAGCUUGAGCUCUUGGAUCUGGAGAAUGAGUCCAACUGUCGCUACGAUCGACUCACUGUGUCAGCAGGGAGCCACAGGCCUGUAGGUAUAUUCUGCGGACGUGUCCCACACAGCCCUCAUCUCCUGAGUCUUUCCCAGAAUGCAACGCUUCUCUUCUCCUCAGAUGUUAGCAGAACAGGAAGUGGCUUCGUCCUGAGGCAUCGUGCUGUCCAGGGACGCCCUGAUCCUGGUUGCGGGACAAUUGUUCUCGUUGAAGAUCAGACUGUUGUCCAAACACCAAAUUACCCAGAAUCCUACAGUGAUGACUGUGUCGUCCGCUGGGUCGUGUACGCUCCCCGGGGUCACGUCGUUAAGGUUCAUUUCACCGACGUAGAGCUCGAGGAGUCGGACAGAUGUUUGUACGAUUCCCUCACCGUCCUGGCAGAUGUGGAGCGAACGGAGGAGAUAGCGGUGCUGUGCGGUCGCACUGUUCCUCCUCCGGUUCUGUCCUUCCACAACGUCAUGGUGCUGCAGUUCAGCUCAGACAGCAGCAUCACACACAGAGGCUUCAGGGCCACACUGUCAUUCAUCAGCCGUGCAGACCUCCACCAUGGUGACAGCAGAGCUGGAGUGGAGGCUCCAGGAGACAUGAGGAGACUUCACCGACAUCAUGUGACCGUUCACCACCAGCAGCAUGGAGCCUCUCAGGUGAACCUGGAUCUGUCUGACUCACAGUCCAGCAGCAGAGCCGAGUCCUACCGGGAUGAAGAGGAUCCUAGUCUUCAUCAUCUGGACCUGAGCUCAGAUGACGAAGACUCCAGUGGAGAAUCCUCAGGGACCGUGUUGUAACCUGAUGAAGGGCGAAAGGCCUCUGGACACAGAACAUCUCAAACUGAGCUCUGAUGAAGAUGAGGGUUCAGGAGGUGAUGAAGAUGAACAUCGAUCACUAAAGAUGUUGGGGAAUAGAAAUGCAAGAGCUUGGUCAAUUUAUUUUAAUUCAUAUAUUAUGGUGGAACAGGAUUGUUUGUAAAAUAGCGCCACCACCAGGUCAAAUGUUUCAUGAUUCUUUCACAGUGUGUUAUUUCUACUUCAACUAAAUACCUUUGGAGUCACUGUCCUGAAAUGACUCUGAUAAAUCUCUAUAUUCUCAGAAGAGGUUAAGUUACUGAUUAACUGGAUUUUACACCAGGUCCCUUAUUAAAAUACUUGUAAUAUAACUUCUCACAACUUUGAAAAGACACAACCAUUUCCUCUUUGUA